AGUACUACCGCAGAAUUGGAAGCUAACUUAAAACGCUUAAUGCACUCUGCUAUAUCACCGGGUUCACGGAAAACGUACGAACAAGCAUGGAAUCAUUUCUUAGAUUUUCCCACCCGAUACUGCGGCACAGCUUCCCCACAGCUUCCACUGAGUGUCAGUGAUAUAGUACUUUUUGUGGCCCAUUUGUCGGCCAAGAAAUUGGCACCUUCUACAAUUUCGACUUACAUUUCCGCAUUGACCUAUGUCCAUAAAAUUGGAUCUUUCUCUGAUCCCACCAAAGCAUUUGUUGUACACAAGAUUAUGACUGCUCAAAGCAGGCUCUGCUCGAAACCGGACAUACGGUUGCCUAUCACUCGCUCUAUCUUAUAUAAAUUGGUGCAGGCUUUAAAUCACACCAUCACGCCCGCCUAUCAGAUUUUAUUAUUCCAAACAAUGUUUCUUGUGGCUUUUUAUGGAUUUUUUCGAGUGGGUGAACUAACGACCAAGACCCCUGAGCGGCGACAUUCCGUUCUCCAGUUUCAGUCACUGUCUUUUCUAAAAUCACGCAAUGAAGUACAGGCCGCCAAACUUGUCAUCACGGAUUAUAAACAUAACACAACCGGGCGUCCUUUUUCCAUAAUUAUUCACCGAGAGUCGACCGUACACUGCUGUCCUGUUGAGUUUUUACUACGCUGGUGCCGGAUGAGAGGAUCCAAUUCUGGUCCACUUUUUUGCCUAGCUGACGGCUCAGCCGUCAAAACGAAGGUCUUUACGCGGCAGCUCAAAGGAGCCCUUGCUUUUUCUGAUUUGGACUGUUCCAGUUACAAAUCGCACUCUUUUCGCAUUGGU